UGUGUCUGUAUGUGUUGUAAUUGAAGGUUGACAGUUGACGGCAGCUGGUCCAACCUCAAAGACCUUUGCGUGACGUAUGGCGGCGAACAUAAAAUACAGCGUACAGUCAUAUGUAGAUUAACAAAACAAAACAAAUUUCUAACAAAUUUGCAACCUGCUAGAAAAACUUUGACUUUAUUAAAGUAAAAAGUUUCAAUUAAAAUUUCGAAUUUACUCAACGGUUUUAUUGUUAAAAACAUUGUUGCAGCAGUGACAUCUCAACGCAUUUUGUUUGGCUAAUUAUCGCAAACGCAUUCAAUUAAGUUCGUUACCCGCAUUGACAUUUUUUGGUUUAUUUUCAAUAAUCAAAUAGAAUAAUAAAAUGCUUAUUAACGAAAAAGAAGAAAAUUAUAAACGUUUUGUGGAAAAAUUAAUAAGGCGAUGUCAGGAGAUACAAAUAGAAAACGAAAGAUGUGUACUGAGAAUAAACAAUGUAAAGAAAAUUAUAAGGAGACGUGUUCGAGAUGUGGAGAUUUUAAAGGUUCGAUUAGAUAGACACAACGAUGCUUGGAGGAGUCUACCUAUGGUAGCCCCACAUCCCAAGCGUAAGAUUGAGCAGAAAAGAGGGCCAAAACCAAAGAAUAAGGAUAAUAAUGCCGAGACAGGUAGUAAUAAGGAGAAGAAGCCUAGAAAGCAGCGUGUAAAGAAAUCCAGUAGCGAUGAUAAACUUCUACUGGGAGGAAGCACAGUGGCAGCGGUUGAUGUGCAAGACAUGUUGUAUCAAGAGAGUCAAGCCCAACAGCUUUUAAUGAUGCAGCAAAGGCAAAUAAACCUUAAAAAUGAUCUACUAUCAUAAGUUUUUAGUUGAUAACAUAAUACAUUCAUGUUUAGGAGUACUUUAUUGAAUUUAA